CUCACGCAGGAGUAAUCAUGGUGAUUCUUCAUCAGUUUCCCCAGCAAUCUGCGUGAACCAUCCUCCGAAUCAGAGAGACAAGACGAGAGACGGGAGAAAGAGCUUGGAUGAUAAACAUAGGGAUCAUUAUCGUUCACUGAUGCGGGCAACCAUCAUCCCUCGGUGCUCCCGCGUUUGAUCAGCAUCUGGGUUGUACAGUGCCAUUGGCAGAGCGCUUUAAAAAUCCUCCUGGGGCAUUACUAAUCAUCGUCUGAGCGCAGAUAGAACACGGUGAACUAGUAUUUGAUUCAUCAACAUUUUAGAGUUGUUUUAAACAUCAGGUAUUGCCAUUUGAGGCCAGUGCACACAGAAACCGCUGAUGCCAUAUAGAUCUCCAUUCACACAUCUUACCGGGAUGCACUGCUGGUCGUUAAUCAUCCUCACUAUUGAUCAGGACGAUACUUACGUCAUCCACCCUCGCACUUCCAGAAAACGAGUCGCACAUCAUCCUUUAAGCAUACACCACCCGAAGUCGUCUACAUCAACACGACUCUGAAAUAACUGUGGUCUGACUAAAGACACUAGAUGGAGGAAGAGUGUGGUUUAUCUCCACACAAGUGAAGUGAUUUACGGAAAGGACUGACGUAAAGGGAUAAAAAACGAUGUAUUUAUCGUCUGCUUGCAGUGGUUUAUGAAAUUGGCGCCUCGACACAUCAGAUGUAAGAUUGCCGCUUCAUCGUGUGUCAUGGGAUAACAAGAAACCUCAGUUAUAGAAAGCUAGUCUCAUUCUGAAAACAAACUGACCUCGAUUAUGCUGAAUACUUCACGUCAUUUAUCUCCUUUACAAUACUUUCGGAUGUGGUGAGAGCAUUCGAAAUGAGAGCACUGUAUUCUUCCCGGAUCUACUUUCCAUGUGUGAUUGUUAUUCAUGAGAGUAGGGGCCAUUUCCCUACAUUAUGCGUUCUACCGAUUUUCAGAUGAAUACAAAUUGUAAUUUCGUAAUCUAAAACGAUUCUCUUCGAUUGCUAGGAGUUGUUAUUGAUUGCUUUCCUUCAUAUUCAUCAAUCUACCUAGAUAUGAUCGAAACCUGAUUAUGCUGAUUCCAUAUUCAACUUUAAGGUAUUACCAUGGUGCUUGAUGCAAUUUAAGUGCAGUAUUAGCAAUUACUUAACUGGAAUUUAUUUGUGAUUACUUGACCAGAAGCAAGGCCCCACUAUCCAUACUUCAAGUGCCAUCUCUUGUGUACGUCACUCACCGAUGUCAUUUUGCUCGCUGGAACAUAAUUUGAAAUUCUGAACUGAUUUGUAGGCAACCCACGCAAGAACUGUGUGUGAUUUUUUAUUCUUCACAAUAUCUUGCUUCGUAUCGCAGGAUACAUCGAUUCAUUCAAAAUAUUAUUCCGUGCCUUUGUAUUUUAGUCUGGAUUAUCUGCGGAAUAUAGGAAAUUUUCUUCCAAGUGGAAGCAACCAAGUUUAAAAAGUCAAGAUGGAAGGCAACGACGAAAGUAGCAAAGAUAGUCCGGGAACAUCCCGUGGCGAUGGAAGCAGCGGAUCGCAUGGUCCGAACAAAGCCCCGCGACAUGUGCCUUCAACGUCAAAGGAAAGUCCAGUCGUAGCUAGACGGAAGAUAACACGCCCACCACGUCUUGAGAGCGUGUCAGAGAGCGAGGUCAGCUCAAAUGUCGAAUCCCCAUCGUCAAGUUCAGAGUGGGGUGUCAGGUCCUACCUUCAUAAUUUCUACGAGCCCGAGAGAGGGAUGCGAAGCAAGGACGAUCUGUUCCUUGGGGCUGAUCACCAAUCCUCCAUGAAGGAUAGUCGCCAUGAUUCCUGCUCUACACAGUGUUGGAGAAGACGGUGUGCCUGUGCUGCACAUUGGUGGAAAGCGGGUGUCUUUGUCGGUGUGAAUAUUCUAAUCCUAGCGGUGCUUGCUCUGUUGAUUGGUUACCUGGUAAAACCCAGACAGGAUAUCGUGGACUAUCGGGCUGACGUCGCCGUGGUAGAUCAGGAGGACGCAGCAUUCAAUCGCAAACUCGAAGCAGCGAAACUCGCAGGGCUGAUCAUGCUAUGUGUUGGAGGAUUCAUUGUCGCUGUCUCCCUGCUGAUACCUAGUGUGCUAACCUCUGCGUCCGAGAGUGCCGGGCAUCCAAGCGGGAUAAAUAUUGAUCCUGAUGACAACUUCCCACCGUACUUGCCCUUGAAGACUACAGACGACCCCAUGGCCGAGGAUGGGAUACCUUAUACUUCCGAACUGUCCAACGUUCAACCGCAAAGGUCAGGGACAGAAUCAGUAGUAGCCGGUAAAGGAAUGAUUAAAGUUCAGGCCAGUUGAAACCUUGCUGUAUUGUGAGAGCUGAAACAGGCCUACAUGGCUAAAGAUUAAGUUAAGCUUAUAGUAAAGAAGUGUUGUCAUUACGAUGAAUCAUUGAAAUUGGUCAGAGAUUCCCAGAAUGUUCAAAACAUUCCUUUAAAGUAUAUUCUUCAUUUCAUUCUGAAUAGAAUUUCAUAUCUCAAAAUGAUCUGAAAAUGUGUACAAUCGCUUUUAUACAGUAUUACUUUUAAAACCAUUACGUAUUAUUGAAUUCAAAGUGUUUUAAAAUUGUUGGUAAUGUAUUUUGUCUUGUAAAAUGACUGGGGUUGAUUUAGCAAAACUUCGGAAACCUUUUGGAAGGAUCUUAAUCAGUUUCAGUUUAUGGUAACUCUCGUAGGAACUCGGCACGACAGCAUUUUGCUAGUAAACGCCAAGCUGGUAUAUAACAAAUUACCUCGGAAACAUUUUACAUCCAGGUUAAUCAGUCAGAUUGGUUGGCCUUGUAGACGACAGAUAUUACUCUGGGUCUUUUUAUCAAAGCGGAUAUAAUUGCAGAAUGGGGAUUUGAACUCACAACCUUGCGAUUAUGAGUUCAAUGCUCUAAUCACUUGACCACACGACCCGUGUCACUUAUUGAAGUAAGAUAUGUCGGCAUAUGCUUACGCCAGUUGUGACGUUUGGCUGAAUGCAAAACAAUGUCGAUGGUUUCCAGGAUUUUCUCUUAGCAGAGGCACACAGUGUUUUUUUUUAAAGUUUGUGCUU